CACGGCGGAGCCCCCGCGGGCGCGGAGCAGCGCGCACGGAGCGCCAUGGUGCCGGGCCGCGGCGCCCCCGGCCGCCUCCUCUUCCUCCUCCAACUCCUCCUCCUCCUCCUGUGCAGCUCCGCGGCAGCCGGACCUACAUUUCUGGUGAUGGUUCCCUGGAACAUCAGGCCUGGGGCAAACGUGACUAUUGGGGUAGCUCUGCUGCCAGACAGCCCAGCACAGGUCACCGUAAGGGGAGAAGUGAUCAAAGAUAACAAGACCCUUUUGAGCAGGGAAAUGGUCUUUGAGAAAGAUUCCUUUGGGACUCUUGUUCUUCCAGUACUGCCUUUGAACAGUGCUUCUGGCGAUUAUGAAUUACUGGUGGAAGGCCAUGCUGAGGGCCAGCGCGUCUUCUCUAACCGUACCAGCCUGACAUACUUGUCAAAGAGCAUCUCUGUAUUCAUCCAGACUGAUAAAUCUACGUAUAAACCAGGACAGGAUGUGAUGUUUCGGAUUGUCACAGUCUAUCCUGAUCUCAAACCUUACAAAGCCUCUCUGAAUAUAUUUAUCCGAGACCCUCGGAAGAAUUUGAUUCAGCAGUGGUUGCUGGAGGAGGGUGAUCUGGGUGUGGUUUCCAAAAAAUUUCAAUUGUCCAUGAACCCUCCACUAGGAGACUGGUCCAUAGAAGUGGAAGUGGAUGGUCAAGUUCAUUAUCAAAGAUUUAAAGUGAUGGAAUAUGUUUUACCAAAAUUUGAUGUCAUGAUAGAAACAUCGUUAUACUACUCUUUGAGAGAGGAAGACAUAACUGGUGUUGUCACUGCAAAGUAUACAUAUGGAAAGCCAGUGAAGGGAACUGUAACAGUCACUUGCCUUUCUGUCUCUUACUGGACAAACAAGAAAAACGUAACAAAAACAAUGGAGAUUAAUGGAUCUGUGAAUGUUACAUGUAGCAAACUUAUGUUGCAAGACUUGUAUGCUGAUCAGUCAUGGCACCACCAUGACACUGAUUACAGAGAGCCGAUAGAAAUUACGGCUGUAGUUACUGAGUCGCUUACAGGAAUCUCCCAAAAUUCAAGUGUCAUCAUAUUUCCAAAGCAAAGUGACUAUUUUAUUGAAUUUAUGGACUACUCUAGAGUAAUAAAACCUUCUCUGAACUUCAUAGCUACUCUAAAGGUGGCACGUUCUGAUAGCAACCAGCUGACCACUGAAGAGAGACAGAAUCUUGUCACAGUCACUGCCCAACAGUCAGACCUGGUUUUUGACCACUCUUCACUUUCUUACCUUGAAAACGAGGCAACGGAGGAGAGUAAUAAGACAGUCCAUGUCCUGAAUUACACUGUCCCGGAAAAUGGAAUUAUUGAUAUUGAGGUUCCAAUUCUGGCUAGCACAAAAAAUCUGAGAGUUCAGGCAGAGUUCCUCAGUAGUAAGACCGACGUAGGUGUUUAUGAUGUGUUCAGCUCACCCAGCCAGACUUAUCUCCAGAUUAAAAUGAACAGCCAGGAUGUAAAGGCUGGGAAACCUUUUCAGCUGAGUAUUGCAAGCAACAAGCCAGUAAAAGAGUUUCAUUAUCUGGUGAUAUCUAAGGAACAAAUUAUGGCUUCUGGCACAAAGGUUUCCACAAUGUUCACUUUAACAGCAGAAAACUCCUGGGCUCCCUUGGUGUACAUACUUGUAUUCUAUGUUGAUGAACUUGGAGUAAUUGUAAAUGAUGCUCUUACUAUCCCUGUUCAGCCUGCUUUGGACAAGAUUAAAAUCUCUUGGAGCAAAGAUAAGGUGAAGCCAUCUGAAAAAGUCUCCCUUAAAAUCAGUACAACGGAACCAAGAUCAGUAAUUGGACUUGCAGUUGUUGAUAAAAGUACAAAACUUCUAGGAGAAAAUAGCGACAUAACGGAGGAUUCUGUAUUCCACGAACUCCAUUUGUACAACACAGCACAGUACUUUCCCCUAAUCAGAGGUUCUUUUGGUGUCUUUCAGAAAUGCAGCCUUUGGGUAUCAACUGAUGCAAUUCUUGAGGAGGAUAAAGAACAUUUUCUUUAUGGUGGAAUGAUACCCAUCGAGGAUGGUUUUGGUGAUGAUGUAUUGGUAACUAGAGAAGGAGCUCCUGAUUUCAGCACUCCUUAUGUGAGGACACAUUUUCCAGAGACUUGGCUUUGGAUUGACACCAAUACUAGAUCUGACCUGGAUACCACGAUGGAAGUUACUGUACCUGACACUAUCACAUCCUGGGUAGCCAGUGCUUUUGUGAUUUCUGAAAACAGUGGGCUUGGAUUGACAACUGCUCUAGCUGAGCUAGAAGCUUUUCAACCUUUCUUCAUUUUCCUGAACAUCCCAUAUGCUGUCACCAGAGGAGAGCAGUUCAUUUUGGAAGUGAACAUCUUUAACUAUUUGAAAGAAGAAGCUGAAGUUACUGUGAUCUUGGACCUGAACGAUGCUUUUGAAAUUACUCUAACAUCCAAUGAAAUAAAUUCUACAGCAAAUCAGCAGUCUAUGUUUGUACCAAGUGAAGGUGGGAAAACUGUUCAAUUCCCAAUCAAGCCAAAACAGCUGGGAGAGAUUCCUGUCAAAGUGACAGCAAUAUCAUCUGCUGCUUCUGAUGCUGUCAUUCAGAGAGUUUUAGUAAAGGCUGAAGGAUUGGAACAGACUUAUUCUCAAACACUUCUUUUGGAUUUGACUGGGAAUAAACCACAAACAUUGUCAAAAACUUUGGAUUUCACUUUUCCUUCUGAUGUAGUAAGCGGUAGUGAGAGAGUGCAGGUUGCUGUUAUUGGUGAUAUACUUGGGCCUUCUAUCAAUGGUUUGGAAUCACUGAUUAAGAUGCCUUACGGCUGCGGUGAACAGAAUAUGAUCAACUUUGCUCCAAAUGUUUAUGUUUUGCAAUACCUGACUAAGACCAGGCAGCUGAGAGAAGAUAUUAAAUCAAAAGCGGUAUCAUUUAUGAGAAAAGGCUAUCAAAGAGAGCUUCUUUUCCAGAGAGAUGAUGGCUCUUUUAGUGCCUUUGGAAAUGAAGAUUCCUCUGGGAGCACAUGGUUAACAGCUUUUGUGUUAAGAUGUUUCCUUCAAGCUCGUCCAUUCAUAGAUAUUGACCCAAAUGUACUCGUGGAUACAGCUAAUUGGAUUGUCCAGCAUCAGAAAAUAAAUGGAGAAUUUCAGGAGCCUGGCAAAUUGAUACAGAGUGACCUUCAAGGAGGCAACAGUAAUCCAGUCGCUCUGACAGCUUACAUCAUGUCAUCCCUCCUAGGGUUCCCCGAUAAACAGCAUAUUGAUGUGAUCAAGCGUGCUACAAACUUUCUAGAAGAUAAAUUAGAGGAAGGCAUUUCGGAUAAUUAUACUUUGGCACUUGUGUCAUAUGCAUUGUCAUGGGCAAAAAGUACAAAAGCGAAGGAAGCCCUGAGUAUAUUAAACCAGAGAGCAGAACACCAAGGGGAAUUUCGUUUCUGGAUAACUCCUGCUUCUGAAAUUUCUGAUUCAUGGCAGCCACGGUCCAUUGAUAUUGAACUUGCAGCGUAUGCUCUGCUCUCACACUUUCAUCAAGACAGAUUAGCAGAGGGGAUCCCUAUUAUGAAAUGGUUAAGUCAACAAAGGAAUCACCUUGGAGGGUUUUCAUCUACUCAGGACACUGUAGUGGCUCUGCAAGCCUUGAGCCUUUUUGCAUCUCUUACUACUGCCAGCAAGACCGAAAUUGAUGUUACUGUAAUAGCACCUACUUUAAACGUUCCAGCAACAUUUUCAAUUGAUACUCAAAACCGUUUUCUACUUCAGACCAAGGAGAUUGCCCCUGUGCAGCCAAUGACAGUUACAGUUUCAGCAGAGGGAAUUGGAUUUGCUGUCUUUCAGCUCAGUGCUAUUUACAACACAAAACACACUGAUCAGAGGCUCCAAUCUGUCCAAAACCAAGAAGCGUUUGACUUGACUGUUGAUGUAAAGGAUAACAAAGAUGAUAUAAACCAUUUGACUGUGAAUGUAUGCACAAGGUACUUGGCUUCUGGAGCAGCUUCUAGUAGUGGCAUGGCUCUUAUGGAGGUUGGCUUACUCAGUGGUUUCUCUGUGUCACCAGAUUUCGUUCCAUUAGACAGAACAGUUAAGAAGAUGGAAAAGGACAAUGGAAAAGUCAACCUAUACUUAGACUCUCUAAAUGAAACACAGGUUUGUGUGACUAUUCCGGCUGUGAGAGACUUCAAAGUGGCAAAUACCCAAGGCGCGUCAGUGACUAUAGUGGAUUACUAUGAACCUAGGAGAAGAGCGGUGAGAAGCUACAAUUCAGAAGUAAUGCAAAGUGUAACCACCUGUGAUUUCUGUAAAAGUGACUGCAGUCUUUGCAACAGGGAUAGUUCUCCAGCCUUGCUGCAACACGUGUCAUUGUCUUCUGUGUUCUCCAUGCUAUUUGUCGUACACAUAAGCUUGCUGUGUGGUUGGGUGCUGUAGGAGGAAACUGCUUAUGUUUUGCAUCUAAGGUUUCCAUAAAUUAUCCAAAGAAAAUUUUAUAUUCAGAUACCAGCUCGUCUUCAGUGAUUCCAGUGACCAAACUCCUGCUGUGCUCAGGAGAGCAGGUCUGGCCCAUAUGGUAGGUUUCUGGCUGUGCCAGAAAACAUUGUAAAGUGUCUGCUGGAAAAACUUUCUGAGUGUUGGUUCCAUACUGAAAUUAUUUUCUGAAGAAGCGUAGUGUAAGAAUAUGCUUACACACAUUCAGUUUGAGAAAGCCUAACUCCACAUUCCCAAGCCUUUUUUUACCUUAGCUGUUUUGCUUAUUUUUAGGGGUGUAUGUCAUUUAUAAAAUGAAUCUGAAAAAUUAUUUUCUCCUUAAUUGGGAUGUUAGUAAGCAGAAUACUGGGAGCUUGGUAUCAGAACUUGUUUCAUUCUGUUCUGCAAACACGACACUUUACAUUAAUUUUGAGUUUCAUUGUAUGUUCUCAUGGGAGAUGAUAUGAAAAAUAAAAGGAGCUGGCUUCAGAGCAGAUCCAAGAGCAGAAAAGUACUGCAUUUACAAACUACUGAACAUUCAUAAAAUUGGUAGUCUUCUUUUUUUUUUUUACAGUUGCAAAGAGGUCACAUGGAUUUCUCUCCAGUUCUUAAGUUAAUCAUGCUUGAAAAUAAGGCCUUAGGAUGUUUUCAUGCAUUUUACUAUGAAAAGCUUUUAAUGUAAAUAUAUCAACCUUGGAGUCUGUAUCGGAGACACCAUUCUUACAGAGUUGUUCAGAAAUGAACCUAAUUCUCUUUCCAUUUGAGAGUAUUGGUGUCCACUGGCAAGUUGAGGGCCGGGAGGAUUUCCUUGAUCCUUUUCUGUUUUUUGGAAGUCUUCUAGAAAAGUGAUUCUGGGGGAUCACUUAUGUUUGCAGUAUCCUCGUGUUAAUGAUUUAAGUGGCUUAGUCCCUCAACAGCUAUCUACAUGCUCUCUGCUACUGUGUCAACUGGUCUGGCCCUGAGUGGGUUUGUACGUGUAGCUCUGGUUGUUGAUUGGCAGGAGAGGCUUUUAGGAGGUGUGGGCUGCACAUGCACGCAGUCCAACGAAACAGUUAACAUUUUUGCUCAAACUUAAAGCAUAUCCUUGUAGGCUUAAGUGCUUUGCUGGAUGGAGGACUGGUCUGGGAUGGAGGAGAGAGAUAGUGAGGCCUUCCUAGACUUGCACACGUUUGGAACCAAACCUGCUCUUUGUUCAUGGAGAGAAUUAAAUACCUCUGUGAAUAUGGAAGCGUGUAAGCUUAGGAACUCUUCCAUCUUGAGUGAAUGUAAGAACAUGUUUACUGUCUGGCAGGCAAUUUAUCCUUCUUGAAGACUGCCUGUCAUAUUUAAUAUUUACUUCUUUUUGAUAAGGAAGCCAAACUGAUAACAUUCCUAGGUACUAAAAUGCAGUUCAUUGCAGUCAUGCCAGCUAACACUGUUAGAAAUUUUAAGGCUAUUGUUUCCUUUCUCAUUCAUAUCAUUUUGAGGCAGAGUGUGUGCAUGUGCACACGUAAUUAUUUCCUUGAGCAAUUUAAAAUUUUUAUUCAAAUUUUGCUACUGCUUAAAAUGUAUAUUUUUGUAUUUUAUGCUUAUAUUUUUGUUCAUAAAGGAAACUCGCGCAUAGUAAGUUGGAAAGAGGCAAGAACUUCCCGAACUGAGUACUUUUUAAAACUUCUACUAAUAAUUUUAAUAAUAAUAAAAUAUGAGGCUUUUAACUACACAACUAGUUUAGGUUAGGUAUUUGUUUUACUUUACCUGUAUUUAAAAUUUAGAGUAUUUUUCACAAACUUGGGAUUGUGUUCUGCCUCACUGGCAGAGCUUAGGCCUGAUUCUUUGUUGCUGGUUCAUGUUUUUCACUUGUCUUUGAUGCACAUUGGAUCUAGCCUCUUGAGUAGUUGAUUGGUGCCUUAACAUGAGUUCCUCUGCCACUCUGACCCAUAUGAAAUAGUACUUUAUGUAUUGAAGUCCAAAGCCCUAGUCAGUCAACAGGGUGCAGAAUCUGACCCGUUGUCAGUCAUGCUCUUCAUUAGAUGGGUCCAAAGCUAAUAGAAACCAAGAUACAAAAAUGAAAUAUAUCAUUGUGUCUCAAAUCCUUUAUUUCUGUGUGGGACCAUGCAUUGAAUUGUGCCAGAUGUAAGAUGUGGAAGACAUUCACACUCUGUACUAGAAUGUGUUUUGCUGUGGGUUUGAUUUUUUGGUGAACUGUGAAAACAAGUCUUUUGCCUUUGGGAACAGCAGCCGUGAUGUCCCAUUUGCCUCCAUUUACUUUAUCUUUCAAGAGCUCAGAGCUCACGCUUUCAGUUCAUACUGUAUGGAGAGCUCCUAAGAGGGACGUUGAUGUCUGAUUACUAUUACGAGAAAGAGGCUUAUUUUCCAAUGGAAAUGUACUGAGGUAAACUACUUUGCAGUAGGUAGUAGGAAUAAAUUUUUAAUUCAACUUUGCAGGCUAUCCCAGCUUCCCAAAUACCCUCCAGGAAAAUGGAUUCAAACUGCUCAGCCUAAUUUCAGGCAGUGCAGCUUUUAUUAGUGUUCCCUUUUAUUUUUCAGAGACAAACAACACAUUUUUUUAAAUGACACUUGGCUGCCUUGCACACCCUACUAAGAAGCAUCAAUCACAAUGCACCAUGUCAUGGAAAUUGUCACAGUCAGUGAACAAACAUCCCUUUUUAUUUUAUUUUUUCUAUACAACAGUAAUAUCAUUACAAAUAUCCAAAUGUGCUUCCUUACUAAGCUAUUUUGAAGGAACCAUGUACAAUGUAUAAUUUGAAACAAAUGUUGACACCAAGUGGCCUUUAACUUCACUACACAAUUGCCUUAAAAGAUGCCUUCAGUCACUUUGCAGUUAUAUCUAAUGAUUUUAAUGAGUUGCAGAGGAUAAAUUUUGCAUUGUAUGUUGGCAGUAAAUGGAAUGGAGAAAAGGGAAUAUAAUAUGACCUAAUGAUUUUUUGUUUUCCUAUUUUGUUUGCUUGUAUGUGUUAUAUAGGAACCUGUGCACAAAUGUUCAGCAUAUAUAGUUUUCCAUUGCUCUGUAAAGUCUGCUCCUGAGAUUAAAGGGGGCAUCCUCCCACUGAGGUCAACAGGAAAUCUUUCAGAUAGGGUAGGAUCAAGGUCUUCAAGAAGCUUUAAAGAGUGGUACUAAAAGCAAUCAAGAGCAAUCCAUUUUUUUUUAAAUUUUUUUAUUUUAUUUUUUUCUGAUGGAGUCUUCCUGUGCAUUGCCUGAAUAUUUUUAUGUGAUUGCUAUUUGUCUGAAGUCUCAGAAUUCUUUGGUACUUCCAGUGCCCUUCUCGGUCAUAUGCCAUCACUGUGUAGUCCAUGCAGGGCCAGUAAGAAUCAUUUAUUUAAGACUGUGUUUAUAAACAAAAAUACAUUGCAUUUUGAAGGUAGUCCCGCAGAAUUCUACCUGCACUGUCAUCCACGCAAUCUCUCCGAAAGUACUGUGUUUGGAUGAUUGUAGCUAAGGGUGUAAUUUGGCCCCUCUGUGCUGAACAUUGUUGUUCGUAACAGGGAAUGCUUGUCUUGUGAUGAGAGCGCUGUGUAAUGGGCUUUACAGCACUGCAGAGUUUGCAGGCUGGGCCAAUUCAAUAGUCUUUUUGGUUCCUAACAUGGCAAAAAAAAAAAAAAAAAAAAACAAAAAAAACAAAUAAACCCACCCCCAUUUACUCCACAAGCAAGAGGAGCUUGCUGAGUUGCUCAUCAGUGGUGCAUGGUAAAAGAGAUAUAGCCAAAUGGUAUGUGGGAAUUAGAAGAGCCAGGGUCAGACUUCACUUGCCUCUCUUUAGGCUCUAAAAUCCCUUUUGAAAAUAGGACCUAAGAUUCUGACAUUAUUUUUAAUCAUUUUUCAAAAAAUUAUCCUACCAGUAUUUCCUCAAAUGUGUUGUUCAAGUUGGUAUGUAUCUUGACAAUAUUUAGUUUACUAGAUUCCUGUAGGAAGCAUGGGUAUGUGCAUGUCUAUUACCAAAGCUCCUGUGAGUUACUGUGUGCAAUGCAAUUAAAAGCAUAAAAUAUCUUCAAAAAGGACCCAAACCAACAAUAAUAUAUCAUGCUGUGUUUUGCAAAAUGGGCAGUCAGGUUUUUAUGAAAGAAUAUAGUUGGAAGGCGGUUGAUGCCUAAUUACAUGAUUUUUCUAUCUCAAACACUAAGCAAAGAGGGGGAAAUAAUGACAUUUCAAUUGUAAUGGCCAACAUUUUUCUAUUAUAACCUUCUUCUACUGUAAAUCUUCAUGAUGUGGACUUCCCUCUGAAUACGUAGGAGAUUUUGAAAUUAAAUUGUAUCACUAGUAAUUUACAGUAACAGCAGUUAUGUGAUGAGGUUUUUAAGCUGUUAUUAGGUUUUCUUCCACUCUGUGUCAAAAUAUUUGACUUAGUAUUGUUUCUUGGUCAGUUUAUUGCAUUUUUGUGUGCCACUUGGAAAUAUCAUUGCACUAAUGCUUUUGUACGUAGUAAAGUCUGACAGUGUGCUGUAGAUCAAUCCAGUAGUUAUUUUUUCUAAAUAGUACCUUUUCUUUACAGGUAUGUAAAAACGUUAAUUGUGUAUGUGUUGUAUGAUACUACAUUUGAGUCACCAGAGCUCCAGUGUUAAUAUUUCUCUUUAAUUUCAUAUCAUGCAUUUUAUUUCUGGAUUUCUUAGUGAUUAUCCAAAAGCUUCAUCAACCUUUCUCAGAUCUUAAGAUUUUGUAUUAUUAAUUGAUUUUAGGGGUUUUUUAGUAUUGGUAAGUUGGGUAGGAUAAUAAUAUGAGGAAGAAAAUAUAAAAAUGCUGGCUCAAGGGAAGUGCCUUAUAAACAGAUGUAAUGUACCAUACUUUAACUCUCCUCUUAGGUGGCUGUUGCAUCUCUUCUUCUAUCCUAGGCCUUAAGCAAUUCAAACUAAAAUUGCUGGUUGCCUUGAGAUGUAGUCAGAUAUGCACUUUGAUCCAGAUUAGGAUCAUCAAAUAUAGUUUCACUUUUAAUCAAAUCAGAAAUGGUAAAGAAAGAAUGUUUUUAUGAGCUGUUUGUGAAUUAACAUGUCAGCUGUGCAAUUGCUUAUAUUUUUAAAGUAAUGCAAAAGAUUAAGGAACUAGACUGUUUCACGGGAUUUUGAAAAAUUUUUAUUGAUUUAUUUUUCUUCAAAUAAAGUUUGCAAUAGCUAUUUUAAAAAUCUAUUA